CUCCUUCUCUACAGCGGCGCGUUCGGCAAGCCGAUUAAUUUUGUCAAAAAAAAUUAUUUGUGGAGUUCUGCACCUUUUUUACACUAGUUAAUACCAAAUAAUAGUUAGAAUAUUAUACCAAUACAUAUUUUAUAACAUUUCUCGUGAAAUCUAACCAUGGAUGGACCUGGGCGUGGAUUUCGUGGCGGCGGACGUGGUGGUCCGCCAGGAGGCCCUAAUCAACGCGGCCGGGGUGGCUUCGACAUGCGUGGACGUGGUGGCGGAAUGAGAGGUCGCGGCGGGCCUAUGGGCGGUCCGCCUCGGGGCGGUCCGGCUAUGCGCGGAGGACCGCGUGGUUUCCGCGGCGGCCCGAUGCGCGGCGGCGGCGGUGAUAGAGGAGGCCGCAAUUUCUCUUCUGGACCCCAGGGGCCAGGCCCUCAUCCUGUGCCUACUAUUGAGACCAGAGGGGCUCCUCCACAAAGAGGAGGAUUUAACAGAGGUGGGCCCGGUGGCAUGAGAGGAAGAGGUGGCAGAGGCCGUGGUGAUUUUGGCCCGCGCAAUGAUCGUGGCGGUGGCAGAGGUGGAAUGGGCAUGAGAGGAGGACGUGGCGGUAGAGGACAUGGCCCAGGAGGUGCAGGACCUCACGGACCCGGCGCAGCUCCUGGAGGCCCACCCAUGCAGCAGCGAUCUGCCCCAGCACCACAUCAGGCUCCUGGAGGCCCACCACAAGGCCAACCGCAGGGAGGUGCACCUUUCAAAAGGGGCGCAGGCCCACCACAUGGAGGCCCGGGAGGACCCCCAAAACGUGGAAGAUUCGAUGGGCCACGUGGAGGCGGUGGCCGCCCCGCUCCUCAAGGUGGUUAUCAACAAGCACCCUCAUCUCAUAAUGCUCCACCUUCCAAUGGAUAUGGACCACCAUCGCAUACAGGGUACCAACCUUACGAACAGCCUCCUGCAGAUCCUUACGCUCAACAGUCUUACAGUGCACCCAGUUCAUAUCAGACCAACAGCUACUCUUCACCAGCAGCAGCGCAGCCCAAUUCGGGCUAUAGUUCAGGCAGUUAUGGAACAAACUAUGGGUAUACCACAGGACAAGGAGGCUAUGAUGAAGGCUAUGGGGGCGGUAAUGCUGGAGGCGCAGGCGACGCGGGCUAUGGCGCUGCCGAGCCCGCUUAUGGCGGAGGCCCCGCGCCCUCGUACGACUCGUACUCCCAACCCUCUUACAAUUCUUACCAGCCACAGCCGCAUUAUGACAGCAACUAUGGUAAGUACUAAAUUGCUCGCUUCCGAAAUUGUUACUGUAAGCGGAAAUACAAAUAUACGAUCAGAUAAGCAGUAUUAUGAUAUAUAGUUUAUACUUUUCGACUUUACUAUUGGCUUUCAAACCAAAUGGUGAAAGAACAUUAAUUUAUAAGUUUUCUGUUCUCAAAUUAACUAUAUUAAAGAAAACUUAGUUGGCCAGUAGAAAAGCUAUUUUUACUGUGUUGAUAAUAGAAAUAAAACAUAGGAGAUUUAAAUUAUUAUUUAUUUACAUUUGUAUAAACAGGUAGUGGUCUUAUGUAUGCUUCUAUUAAAGAUAAGAAUCAGCCAUUCUGAACAAGUAAUAAUACGCACUAGUAGGCAAUCUAAUGCAGUAACAAUAAUAAGCUCUUGUGUUAUAUGAAACAUAGGGUCGUGAAAAAGACAAAUUAUUGAUCUAACUAAAAAUACAUUUAUUGUUAGAUAGUUGUACACAAAUAGCGAGAGAGACUUACAAUUGAUUGACCAUAAUUAAUGUGUAUUCUAGUAUGACAAUUUUAAUUAGGCGAACCUGUCACUAACUGUGCAGUAGCACAUUUUUUCGAAUCAAUUAUUGACAUAUACAUGAACCUUGUUUAUCUGUAUUAUAAUUACCUAUAGGUUCAAAAUUAAAUGUUAUUUCAAAAAAUUGCCUAAAUCUUGCAGAAGGACUGUUAGUUAAAAGUAUUGUUUCCAUAUAACGUUAUAUAUAAUAUAUCUGACAGAAGAAAUGUUUUAU